AUGUCUUAUCAUUUGCUCACAGUCUACGGAACCCCCUAUGAAUCGCAAGAAGAGAACAUGAACAAGUCCUAUAACCCUGGAAGACAUACAUCUGCGAACAAUCGCUAUGCCACGCAAGCGCCCUAUUCGGAGGAUGUCCGACAACAACACUAUGACUCCUCUGCCUACGGGUGGACAGGUCAACCGCAGCAGGACCACCCAGGUGGCACGGGUCAACGGACAACAUACAAUGGCAAUGGGUGGGAUACUGGGAGGGCACAAAUCCCCUCUCGUGAUGAUCGCACCCAGCACGCCAACUAUGCGAUUCAUACCAUACCAGGCGGUGGAGGCGAUGGUGGACGCAGUUAUUUCAUCUCCCCAUCCUCAAAUAUCGCAGGACAGAGCAAUUCAGGUUUGAACAACCUGGCGUACGCGUCGGGAUUAGGCGAUGCAGUUUUACAGCAACACGGGCAUCACCAGCAGCACUCAACUACAGCCUCAACUUCAGUUCAACCUUCAACUGCGGUGAACCGGGUGCGGUCCCCGAUCACUACGCACAACACCUCACGGCACGAUAGCAACCCACCCUCCAAUUAUGGAUUCUGGACUGGCCCUUCCUCUCAAAAUCAACCGAAUUCGCUGUCAGCCUCAGCAACGUCUUUGACUGGGAAUGUCAGCGCCCGCUUUCAACAGGCAUCCGCCGCAAUGAGGGGACAUGCGUCAGCUUCGCCAGUAACGGAAGCGUCUGCUUCGGUACAACAGUCGGCUUCACAAAGAUCGGCCUCACCGUUCUAUCAACCUCAAAUCAUCACGGCGCAAGGACACGGACAUCCGCCCUCCACCACACCUCAGACGAACUAUAGGGCUACUAACUCAGCAGCGCCUAAUACUCAGGAAAAAGCCAGGCAGAUUGCCAACACUGGUCAGCAUAGACGGCGCCCCAGCCUGGAGGCAGUGCAACGGCACGCGCAACCUCAAGCUCAGUCAGUGAGUAGCAUCUCAAACCUCGUUACGCACUCACCUGAGGAGCCUGCCCGAAUUCAAAACACAGCGACACUUGAAACGCAGUCAAUGCCGAGUUAUAUCGACCCUACCCAGGUGUUCAACCCCUUCCACAAAGAACACCAAAGGAGGCGCCAGCAAGCCGCUGCUCAAGCCGAAGCCGAGGCAAAGCGACAGGCAGAGCAAGAAGCUGCCGCGAAAAUGAAAGCCGGAGAAGAGGCUAUCGCAAAAAAGAAAGCUGAAGAAGCUUUGGCCGCAGCGAAGAAUCAAGAGCAAGUGGCUCUUACUGCAGCUGCAGCUGCUCCUGCGACUGGUGCAGCGGAGAAAAAGACUAAGCAGACCCAAGAAGCUCCUCGCCCUUCGCAGAAGCCUCUCUCUGAGAAUGAGCCUCAGCAUGACAAGCACUCAAGUCCUAGAGACGACGAGGCAGACAUGGCAACUGGACUUCGGGCCAUGAUGGAAAAGAUGCAAGAGUUUCGGAACAGAGAUCCCAACCUUUUCCAAAAGCUGUGGGACGACAUGCGAAAGACAUCCUCAGUCCCGUCGGUAGCAAUCCCGUCGCCUUCGCCCUCUCUCCAGACGAGUACUAAUCCGGCUCCUCCAAACGGCCAAGAUCGUCAGCAACCCUUAACGAAUACAGUCGCUUCUGCUCCACUUACAUUACCAAAGGCACCUUUCCAACGACCUACACCGAUCCCCACUACGGAGACUGCCAGAUCACAGUCAGACGCUCUUUCUGGUUUCUCGCAGGGACCCAGGCUCAACGGAUAUAGGGUCGUCGUUGAAAACAAUUCCGAAGGAUUGCCUGACUUGGGUCGUUUCCCUGCAGAACGACGGAUCAGAAGUACAUACAAUGGCAAGCAUUCGUCGGAGACAGAUGCUACGGGACAGACCACCACAAAACCGAAAACAGGCCCGGCAGCGACAAACGUGCUCCCAAAUGGAGUCUUCGCUCCUACUGCGCAACAAACUUCGACCCCCACUUCAACCCCCAAAGUCCCGGCAAUCGAGAAGACAGCAUCACUGACACAAGAUCUCCCUCCUCGUAAGCCAAGUGGUGAGACUAUGUGGCCAGAAAGUAAACGGAAUGCUCUUGCAGCCGUUGCUGUCAAGUUCUUGAAGGCCGGCCCAGAGAAUGAGAAGAUCGAAGUCAGCCCCGAAGACAUUCAUGGCAUGCUUGAGCAGAACCCCAGCUAUAUCGAUUUGUGUCUGAUGCUCGAGAACAAGGGCCUCAAGUUUCAUAGGGGUCAGUUUGCGCGACAACUCCUCAACGAAGUACCACAGUUGAGAGGCCCUUCGAAGACUCCGGUUGUUGCAGCUCCUGCCAUACCGGUUCCAGGACCGGUACCAGGACAGGUACCAGCUCCCGAAAUUUCUGUCGCGCCACGUCUACCAGCUACUGUGCAUCCACAGCCACUGCUGGUGAAUGCUUCUACCCUUGCUCCUUCUCCAAACUUCAGCAAAGGUUUUCCGAGACCAGAGCCUCCUCCCUUUCUCGGCCCGCACCCUCAACCACGAUACCCUCAAAUGCAACGUGCAAGACCCGCUAAACCCCUCCAUCAAGCUCGUCCCGAGCCCGCACCUGGUUCGAAGGAAGCAAUGGCGCGAAAACGUGAUUUCUCCGAGGUGGUCGACCUAACAGCAUUGAGCGACAAUGAAGACUACGUAAUGUCCAGGAAACAAGCCCGGAUUGAGAGCCCUCCCCUGGAACCGAAAGAUCUAUUUCAGCAGUAUCAGAAUCAACCAUCAACUACAAAUGCGUCUUCGCUUGCAGUCCCCUUCCGGGCCCCCGGCUACCCAGAGCCUCUCCGGUUCAAUCCCAGCCUCCCCCAACACCAACUUGGUCACAAUCCGCCUCCUACUCAUCCCUCACCUCAACUCGCUCCACCAUCGGUUGUGCCGCCACCUGCGCAGCACUCACACCGGUCGAUCAAACUACUUGCCAAGCCUAUCGAUAAGAAGGAAGCUUUGCGGAAAACCUAUUACGAUGCGAGGACGAUAGCUAGGGAUAUUUUGAUCGCUGCCGGAAGGCAUCCGACUGAGCGCCCACUCAAUGCGCACAUGGCAGGUCUGCUUGGGAAAUACGUGGAAAUGGAUUCUGAUCUCAGCACCUUUGACUGGGACGCGAUCGAUCCGGGAGGACCCCCCGUACCUCAAGUUCCUUACGCCGAUGUCCCGACUGAGCCUCCUCGAUUCCGUCUGGGGGAAGCAGGAAUUCGACGUUCAAGGGCUCAUGUUCCUCCGCCGUCUGAGGCGGGUACUGCGCCGAGACACGUAUUACCAGAUACGGCAAAGCGCAAAAUGACCCCGCCCGCGUCCGCACCUGCGCCCACUACCGCGCCCACGACCGCGACCGACAAGGCCAAAGACAAAGUCGUGCCUCCUGUCGCACAAGUCCAGUCAAGACCUCAGCAGCCUCAGCCGCAUGUCGCAGUCCCGCAAGUCAGCGUCAGAUCACAGGGUUCUCACGCUUCCCCACGAUCUGAGGCUGCAGACGCGGAGGAGCGACCGAAGUCUACUCCGCAGCCAAUCACUCCUCUGAAGCGAAAACGAAGCCUUAUCCCCUUGGACAGCUCUCCUGUUUCGGAGCGAAGGCGGUCGACUCGAUCUACAUCUAGUCAAGUGGCUGCCUCGGGGGAAUCAAAAACAAUGAGCAGUGGGCCGCUAUUUCCCAGUGUGAAGAGACGAGGACGCCCUCCUGGAGCUAAAACCCUACAUAGCAGUAUUGGAGCGAUGAAGAAGGCCGCGGUGCAGGAUUUCUCUUCAAUCGAGGUCUCCAUUUCUUCACCUGCUUCGCCAAGCCUUCCUGUUUUCAAAUGCCGUUGGCGGCAUUUCCAUCGACCGACCCCCGAUCAACUUCGAGAAGAAGGUGGCUAUAUCUGCUGGUGGAAGAGGUGCGAGUACCUCGUAGAUGACGGAGACGGUUCUCUGCAUCCCUCUGAGAUAUUUGACACUCGGAAAGACUGGCUUGCGCACAUUGAGGAGCACAUGAAGAAAGUCGCGUCUACGCUAGGUGAUGGCCCAACAACUAAGACUAUUGAUCCUCAGACCCUCCUCCGUGACAAAGCCCGCUUCCUGUCAGACGAACAGGGACGAAUAACCACACCUGACGUUUCAGUCAAGUCUGUGCAAGACCACCUGGAACCGGACACGAUGACGCUGCUGAAGGCCGAACACAGUGAAGCAGAGAAGCAUGCACAAAGAAGUUUCAUGAAGACACACCGCACCGAGAAGAGCAGUCCGAGGGCUGUCGCUGAGGAAACGUUGAAAGCCAUGGCGGCAAGAAAGGCCAAGAUUGGGCCAGGGCUCGACCGCGGCGGGUGUAUCCUGGUGAAUGAGGCGAGGAGGUCCACCCUGAUACAAAACCCAGGAAUUCAGAGGGUGGUUGAUGCGGAUUAUUGA